AUGUUUCUCUCAUUUUUGCCAUUUACUAACAUCUUCAUUGUCAUUAUCUUCCUCUCUAGCGGCAGCUCCACCGAUAACUCACUCUUCCCACCGCUACACCAACAUAUUUGUGUGAUUCUUGAAUGGAGAAAGGUGGUGACCGUUACUAAGCACAGGUAGGUCAACUCACAUUUCAGACAAAAUUUCAGCCAAAUUUUGUUUGGACCCUUGAUCAGAGUUUCUCAGGUCCUGAAGAUGUUUGCACUGACAGAUUCUCCUCUACUUAUUGCUAAAACAUUUGACUCAAUUAAAAUAUCAACAAGUACACGAGGCACCGUGGUAUGUGCUGCAAAAGGUCCAAGACCAAGAUAUCCCCGAGUAUGGAAGACCCGUAAAAAGAUUGGGACCAUUUCCAAGGCUGCUAAGCUUGUUAAGUCUAUUAAGGAACUGUCAAAUGUCAAAGAGGAAGUUUAUGGAGCUCUUGAUUCCUAUGUUGCUUGGGAAUUAGAGUUCCCUUUAAUUACAGUGAAAAAGGCACUGAAGACCCUAGAAUAUGAACAAGAGUGGAAGCGAGUAAUACAGGUAACAAAAUGGAUGUUAAGCAAAGGUCAAGGAAAGACAAUGGGAAGCUAUUUCACAUUACUUAAUGCUUUAACAGAGGAUGAUCGUCUUGAUGAAGCUGAAGAGCUUUGGACAAAGUUAUUAAUGCAGCACAUGGAAAGCUUGCCUCGUAGAUUUUUUGAUAAAAUGAUAUCUAUCUACCGUAAGAGAGGCAUGCAUGAAAAGAUGUUGGAGAUAUUUGCAGACAUGGAAGAGCUUUGUAUUCGACCUAAUUUUGUUGUUGUCUCAAUGAUUGGAGAUGUCUUCAAAGAGUUGGGUAUGCUAGACAAAUAUGAAAAGUUACAUACAAAAUAUCCACCACCGAAUUGGGAAUAUAGAUACAUCAGAGGAAAGCGUGUAAAAGUCAAGGUGCAAGUUCAGUCUAAUCAGGUCAACACAUACAUAGAAAGGCAUAAGAAUGUAGAACCAAAUUCGGACUUAGAUGGGAAUUGUGAAUCUGGAAAUACAUCAGAUGUAAUCGAUGAGGAACAAUCCGAACAGGAUGCCGAACCUGAACAAAUUUCAGAUGAUUAGUGUGACGACAGUAUGGAACCAGUUUUAGAGGUGUAAUGCGAGAAAAAUGAUAUAAAAUCACUGUCUGUACGUUUCAGUUUGCAGAUAGCCUGCUGUUAAUCACAGUUGGAACAUCAUUUACUUGCCCAUCUCCUUCAAGUUACUAGGAGAUAGAGUGAAGGCAUCAAGAUUCUGCUGUAUGCACUCUGAUGAGUGACCUACUGACCUGCUACACUUGUUGAAUACACCACUAUCAUUCAAUUUUCUAUUUGAUAAUUCAAAACUUCUACUCCUGACUUCCUUCGAUCAUGUCAUUACUGGUAUUUGAUGGUACAUAUAUACUCAAGCCAUUGAUCUUAAUGAUAGACCACACAUAUAGAGUGUUUGUUCCUGCAACUGUGUUCUUUUUCAUUUAUUUCCCUCUGUAUAUAGUGCCACCUGUUUCCUGAAAAGUACAUUUUAUUCAGUUUCAACAAUUCAAUUUUUUAAGCCCUACUUAAUGGAAAUUAGGCUUUAUAUG